CUGUUUGUCCUCCGUGCUAGCUGGGGUAACGAAGGACCUUUAAACAGAGAGACGAGCUGUACUCGGACCACGACGAAUCCCCGUCCACAGCUGGGCUAUUUUUGCUGUCAGUCGUCCUCUGCGGAGACGUGAAUGAGGUAAGCGUCAAGUUUAUUAAAAUAUCUUAUUCUCGUGUAGUUGUGAAUCAUUCGGUUGGCUGUUAUGUGGCAACUUUCGACGUUAAUCUGAGUGUGGCUUUGUUGUGGAGCGGAAACUUUGGUUCAGUCGUCGAAGGUUCCAGAUUAAGAGCGUGUAAAAACGACGUUUCUGUUACUUAUAUCCGGUUGUUGUUACCAGAGUCUUCCUCUAAAUAGAAAGGGCAUAUAAAUCUGCUUUUCUGUAAUUUAACGGAGGAUUUGGCAUUUAUCUGCAACUAAAACCCUCCAAUAUAAAAGUGUAAUUCAGCUCCCCUGUGUAUAGAUUCAUAAAUAGUUUCUACUCGAUACUUCUUACAGAGCGUUUGUUCUGUAACAAAGACUGACGUGUAAGUGUUGCAAUCAUAGCCUAUGGCUGUAACAAUGUAAACAGGACUGACAAGUUGCCAGUCUACAAGAAAGGGCAAAUGCAAUAACGGCGCCAUGCAUUUUGUAUAACUGUUGCACUAAUUAUCUAAUCACUGUCAUGAUGUAGGUUAAAACAUAUUAUUGUAAAUGUGCAUAGUGUUCUUGUUUUGAUCUGCUGCUAGGAUCACGUGUACCCACUUCUCACGCGUGUGUGGAUAUUUUUUUAUCCAUGUGCAUGGCACUCUAACCAAACAUUUUCCAUGUAGGGGUGAGAGACAGAGAGCUGCAGCCAAUGAAUGCAGCCCUCAUGCAGUUAGCCCUGCCUCCUUAUCUACUGCUUUGUUUACAUUGUACUGCAGUGAAAUCUGGAUCCCAGAAGGCUGUCUUUGUCUCUAUAACAGUAUGUACCAUACAUCAGAGCCUUUGCUCAGGAAGACAUGCCAUUUCCUGUUUUGUCUUGGAUUUUACCCUUAUGACAUUAGCCCAAAACACCUGGAGAAGCUGUGUGGAUACUCAAGGUGUUGUAAGGCUAUCAGCACAUUGCAUUACAUGGAAGUAUUUUGGUUAAAAAUCACAUUAUAAAACAUAAACAUUUAAUGUCAUCAAUACCAUCAAACUUGUAUAAAGAGGAUUUCUCUUCAUGAAGCAGCAGAUGACAGUCGACCUAAUCCGUAAUCAGUUUUCUGGACUGUACCCCUGCCCCCAUCCCUCAGGAUAAUCUCUGAAAAUUGGCCUACUGGGUUGCCUGUGACCUAGCUGUCAAGUCGUGCAGAUGAUGUAAUGAAUAAGCUAGGACACAGCAGGGGUACAUGGAAGUCACUCCCACCCCCCCUGUCACACACCCCCAUCCUCACCCGUGGAGCUAUCUUUAAACCAAAAGAGCAGCGAGGGAGUGUGCAUUCAUUUUUGGCAGCAGAUAACUGGCUGCGGGGUCACCCUGCCAGCACUGCACUGUCUGUCUGAUAUCAUGGUAGAAUGAAAGUGUUUAUGUAAUAUGUACAUUUAUGUGGCUUUAUUUAGCCAAGAGUAGGAUUGUCUUUACUCUUUGCACUGAAAGCACAAACAAAGGCCCAGUUUUUAUUUAUUUUCUUUCUUUAAGGUAAUGUGUUUUUAUUUGUUUGUUUGAGAGACAACACAGGUGUAACAGGAAUCAUUUGACCGUUGAGAUGCCCCUCUGUUGUCUAUUGUUGCCCUAGAGACACAGCUGAUCAGCCUGGAUAGUGUCUGUUUUAUCCUCCAGAGAAACAAGCUUUUGUUUGAACUUAAUUAUGGAAAUGGGCUCUUUUUCUCUCCCAUCUUUGUCAACCCCUAUGGCAGUAAGCAAACAUGGGAUCAUCAUGUGUUUUUUCCAAUGAAUUACUCCAUGCACCAUCACAGACUUUACCAAGUUUGUAAUGUUGAUACUCAGAACUAUGCAAUCAGGCCAUGUCUUCAGUUUCCAUGGAUACUGGCCCCUUGAACUGUUUUAUUGAGUAUGACUGGUGUUUUUGUUACACUUUGUUGGCUGCCUCCAUGGCAACAGCAACUGUUGCACAACGUGUUUCGUUCAACACCAGCUAAGGUAAAGUUAAGGUGACUUAGAUAAUUUGUUUUCUGGUAUACUCUGAUAAGGCUGUGUGCAGUUUUGUUCUUGUCAGCAAAUUCUUAGAAAGAUCUACAAAACUUGAGUCAACACUUCUAAACUUUGUAACCCUUUCUGUGACUCUCUUUUGUCCUCUAAAUGAAAAAUAGUGUGGUGAUUUCUGGAUGGUGUAUUUUAAGGUCAGGGUUAGGGGGGUGUGUCCAGACUUUUUGACUGGGGUGGCUCAGCUGUAGCACUCAUGACUCAUGCAGGGUGGCAUGAUGCACGUAUGCAUCCAAACACAGAUUAUCAAGUCUUUACCCUUUGUGUAUCUUGUGAAUUAUUUAUCUACUCACCUUAUAUAAACUAUAUAAACAUAGUCCAUUUAACAUUUGAGUGGCACAAGUAAAAUGAGAUUGUAUUGCUGACUGCUUAAAGCUCCCGUGAAGAGUUUUUUUUUCUACAUUUAUUAGUUGUUUGAAGUUGAUAUUGAUGCCUUUUAAUAGAAUAUAAAAGCAGAUAAAACUAUCAGGACCAAAACUGAAUUUUUUUACUGUAAUUUUCAAUGCCUGAAAUUGCUGUAGAGGUCAGUGUCAGGGAAGCCACUUAAAAAAACAACCCCCUUUUUACAUUUCCUCAUUAAAUACACACAAAAUAACACAUUUGAUUGCUAGAAGUCAGUAAGAUAAAAAAUCUUGGUCAAAAGAUGCUGCUUAAGAACAUAGAGGAAAAUAUAGGCAAAGACAGGCUCUGCCCAUAGGGGGCACCAAAAUUGACUCAAACCUCACAGGGGCUUUUAGUUGCACUUGAGUUAAAACAGCGUUUCUUGGAGUAUUUUUAUCAGUGGGUAAAAGAGCAGGUGUUUUUCACUGAGAUUUUGAAGCAGCAGAGUGAUGCAUCAUCUGUCUUAAUACUCAGUGCAACAGGCCAGCACACAAGUCUGUUUGUUUUGUGAAGUUUUUGUUGCACAGUGGAGGUCUAUGGUGCUACAAACAGUUAAAAGAUACCAGAAAAACACAGGCAUAACUUGCCAUGAGCAUCAGUUCAUGCUUGGGGUGGGGGAUUUCUUGCCAGACAUUGUAAAACAGAUGUUAAAGUCAUUCAUAAGUCCAGGUUUCUUGACAACAGUCUCCAAACAAGUUGGAGAUAAUAAACCUCUUUUCCAGCUUUCUGUUAAAGUGGAAAAAAGAAUCAUGAUUAUGAGUUUGACAAAGUUUGAACUUGUCAACAAUAUUAGUGUGUAAACCAACUUUUUCUGUGCAGCCGUGACCCAAGAUGCCUCUAAAAGAUGAGGGGCCUUCCUCCAUGUCCAGCGGUGAGGAGCAGGGCAGUGAUGUGGAGUCUUCGUCGGAGCGCUGUGACAGCAUGACAUCUGCCAGCGACCUGGACUGUUCACGCGAAAGCUUCACCAGCGACUGUUCCAGCAAACACUGCUCUCCUUCCUGUAAGUUUGCUCACUGCCUCACAGUCUCAUUCUUUGAUUGUUUUUCUUUGUAGACGGAUCAACUUCUGUGUUGUUUCAGACUCAACUUUUUGAUAUCAAUAAUAUUGUUUUGUUCCUAAUGCGACUUGAAGAGCCUUUAUUCUUUUUUAAAUUCUUUUUGAAUGUCAUUCCUAGAUUACCCGUCCUCAGCAAUGUCACCGUAAGUGUUUAACAGCCAAUUUAUAAAACACAUCUAAUCUUUUCCUCUCACAGCAAGUCCCCCUAAAACCUUAACCCUGGAUGAAGUCAUGGAUUCUGCCAAAGACCUGUCAAAUCUCAGCCUUGCCCAUGAGAUUACUGUGAACCCUAACUUCCGCCUGGAGAUGAACAACCUACCUCAGGACAGGUGGAGUAUGAAAAACAUGCAAUGUCAUUAAACCAAUAAGUAUUUUCUUUGGAGAUUUUUGUAGUCCUAAAAUGAUGCAAGUUUUCAGAUACGGUGAACUUUUCUAAGAGCAGAAGAAUGAAGCUAAAGCCCAUAUUUUUAAUAAUAUUUUUUCUAAAUUUCUUUUUUAGUUUGUGGAAGUUGGUGCGAGAUAAUGUCCACAAGGCUUUCUGGGACAUUCUUGAGUCAGAACUAAAUGAUGACCCACCUGAGUACGGGCAAGCUAUUAGAUUAUUGGAGGAGAUCAGAGAGGUAACCUAACAGCAUCUGCUAAGUAAAUGCAUUCCCAAUUAAUUAAACUAUAAACAACUAUUCAGUAUAAAAUGGCAAAUUAUUUUUUCACCCGUACAGAUCUUACUGUCAUUCCUUAUUCCUGGGAGCAACCGGAUGAGGACCCAGAUCAUGGAAGUGCUGGACAUGGACCUGAUUCGUCAGCAGGCUGACAACGACGCUGUAGAUAUCCAAGGACUUGCCUCUUUUAUCAUCACUACGAUGGGAAAGUUCUGUGCACCAGUCAGGGAUGAGGAAAUCCGCAAGCUCCGUGAAAGCACAGAUAACAUGGUGACACUGUUCAGGUACAUGCACAGCUACCAUGGCCUUGUUUGAGCUUUUUUGACUCUCUCUUAUGGGCUCUCUUAUUUUUCUAUUGUACAAGAAGCAUUUUCUUAACAUUAUUUCUUACACACUAGGGAGAUCUUCCGUGUGCUGGACCUGAUGAAGGCGGACAUGGUCAACCUGACAAUCAACAACCUGAGGACUGUCCUGCACAGGAAUGGUGUUGAAUAUGAAAGGGCAACUUUUCAGAGCAUAGUGGACAAAACACCAAGUGAGUGGAAGAAAAACUGCACAAGAUACUAAUUCACAUCCACAUUACACAUUAUACCUUAAUUUCACCUCACUCUGCUGGAGCCUGUUUUUCCUCUCAGGCUGGAGAACUGGGAACUUAUUAGUUAGAAAUCUGAAUUAUUAACUUUAUAAAACCCUGGACAGACCAUUAGCUACCGCUGCUGGAACCAAAGCUUUUAGAGCUCCCCCUAGUGGCUGACUACAGUAUAGGUGUAAAAGCCUGUCCGUAAAUUAUAACAGAUGGCACACAGGGCAAGAAUGAAAAAUCAACACACACCAACACAUUGUUUCUUAAAGUUGUCUUUGUCAGUGUAGAUAGUUCUUUUCAUGCUGAUUUAUAUGUAAGUGGUCUUAUUUUGAUUUUUUAUUUGAUAAAAAAAAAAAAAAAAGAGGUGAUUGACAAAAGAAACUCCUGCCACAUUGUGCGCCUAUUUAUCAGAAUAGAAGAGAGAUUACUUGAAAAGCAGCAUGGAAAAACUGGUUAAAUGAAUGUGUGGAUCAGGGGCCGGCCAACAAAUGAUACUAAUCUGUAAAAAACAAUUUAUCCAGCCAAUUGGGAUUAUUACUAGCAUGGUUUCCAAAUUGUGAUUGGGCAGGUAGCCCACAGGCCUGCAGAUUUACUGGAAGCUCAACUUCUGUGGACGUCAUUUUUAAAGCCUGGCCCUAACGCUCUGAUGCAGACCACAGACACAUCCGCUUGCUGAGUUAAUCCAAUCAUUACAGGCUGCCUUUGCUGAGUCAGGAUUUGAGGGCUGCAGGUUGCAAACAGACAACACUAGAUUAUAAAAAAUUCCUCGUGAGGACAAAGUAAUACCUCUCAUCUCUUGUUUUGUAUGAAUGCAAGUAGACUUCCCAAACAAACCUCAUCCUGUAGUCUUGUAAAAGUGAAAUGUAUCACUCAGUGGAGUUUCUCAUUGGAAACAUGAGCAAAAGCCUGUUUCUCUAGGCUGCUGUCAUUCAUUUGGUCUGACAUCUACCCUUCACGGCUUCAAAUUGGUGCCUUUUUAAAGAUGUAGAAAAGCAAACAAGACCAUUAGUGACAAAACUUGCUGUUUUUAUAUUCUGACUUUUAAUGCCUGAACUAGUACAAAAGGGUAGGUGCUAGCUGAUAAGCUGAAGAAAUAGCCCUUUUAAAAAAUAUUUUUUACAUACAAAUAUUCACAAUAAAUGAUAUGUUUGACUGUCAAGAUAGGCAAAGACUGCUUUUGUCCACAGGGGGCACAAAGAUUGACAUUAAUUGAAAGUUCCUCACAGGAGCGUUAAAAAUAUACCAGAACAUAAAUAGGUCCACUGAAAUAAAUAUCCAGGGGGGAGAACCCCAGACCACCCUCAAUAUCUUUUACAUGACCUCCUAUGAAGUGAGCCAGAACUGGUUUAUAUGGAUCUAUAUCUACUUGGGGUUUUCAGUCAGAGAAAUCACUCAUUUCAGGUCCGAUAUUUGGUCACUGAUGUGUUUUUAGACACCUUUUUUUAAAAGUAUUUACUUCCUCAGGUGCUUUGGAGCACACCACCUCCUGGAUCAAGUCGGCACUAGAGGAGCUGCAGUCGGUCGCUGUUUCCAAAGAACAAAGCAAAGGACAGCGACUGGUGCCAGGGCCCUUUCAGGUCAUCAACACAGCCUUCCUCAGCCUACUCAUGUGGGACUGCAGUCAGAGGCCUCUGCCUGAGGUAAGGGUGUUUUCAAACACGACUGAGAAAAAUCUGAUCAUAUGAUUGUACAUUUUUAGUCCUUCUCUGUGAGAUAUUUAUUCAGAUGUUUCUGUAUAGACGUUGAUGACUGAUGAGGCACGUCUGAGAGAGAUUCAGUGGCAGCUGCAGCGAGCUCAAGCGGUAAAUGAGGUGCUGCUAAUCGUCUACAGCACCAUCGGAGGGCCCAUCCAGGGUCUGUCUUCCCUGUCCGACCGUCUGAAGAGGAUGACAAGUGUGCUGCUGGAGGGGAUGCACAGCCCGUCAGUUCAUUUCCUCUUUCAAUCUCUAGUUUACAGCCUGUAAUCAAACCAUCAAUUAGGUCAUUAACCACCUUCUUCACAUGAAAUAGAAGCUUAACAACUCUUCCCCCUGUCUGUCUAUAGAAGCUUCAAUCUUGGGGAGGCACUAGAGGGCGUCAGUGCGCAGAUCUGCUGUGAGCUCAACAAGUCUUUAACAGAGAGGGGCUACCCUGCGCUUAGCCCAGCACUGCAAGACGCACUUAAAGGCCAAAUCUGCAGCAUCACCCAGAGGGACAACCCCAUCCGCACUCUUGUGGGUGAGUGAGAAAGACCAGAAAAAGCCCUCCAUUUCAUAUGGAAUUACAAACCUCAGUGGCAGAGAACAUAAGCCCGACCAAAGUAACCCCUUGAAGUUUUCAUCAAAUCUGUCCAACACAACAUGAACUGAAUAAAUCAUACAGAGAAGAAAACUGAUUAAGUGGUCUAACCCAGUUUCAGAGUCAUUUCUGUCUCUGAACAUUUGGCACAAUCCCACAACUGUAAUCUAAUCAGAAUUCAUUCAAAAACUGCACCCUGUUUCUCACCUGUUAUUUGUUUCUCCUUACAGAGGAUCGUGUGCAGCAAUACUUCGCGGCGCUCAUUUUCGCCCCCAAACCUGAGGUCAAACUUGAACAGGUACCAGCCGGCCUGACUGCAAUCAAACCUGAACUGGCGUUGAUCGGAGCGAAAUUCAACUCCCUUGUUGACUACAACAAAAUGGUCUAUGGACCUUUCUACGCUGAUAUCAUCAGGAAGUUGUUGUUCAGCAACAGCCCACCAGCAGCAAGCGCUCCUCUGGACCCCCCUCAAGACUCUGUCACCUCCAAAUAAAAACAAAUGUCGGCUCAUGAAGCUUGAAGAGUCUCUUUGCUGGUAGUCUUAGCCAAAGCUAGGAGGAACAAGAGAGCUAGUCAGUGCUACUGCUUUACUAAGCCAGCGUGCUCCAACAGUCGGGGUCACUUUUAAUGUGUUACUAAUGUAGUUUUUAUCACUACAUUUAGCAGUGAAGGCACUGCUGUUAAGACACCAUGAGGGUAUAAUGUGACCUACUUACUUUGUUAGAGUUGCUUUUAAAGACAUUGAACAUUUAUACAUUUAUUGCUACAAAAUAGGAAAACCAGUGUUAUCAAGUUUAUAUUUCUGGACCUAUAAGUGACUCCUGAGUUUUUAAUCAACCACCAGCCACAAUCCUGUUAUUGUGGAAAGAGAAAGGGCAACAUUUAAUGUGUCUAAAACAUCUGGAAAGCUUUAUAAAGCAAAGAGGAAGAAGAAAUUAUGUUCAAAGAAGUAGCAGAGUAGCGUAACUGAUCUUUACAUUUAUUAUGUUAUUUAUCUAAGGUAGCUUUAUAGCAAAACUUUAAGUUAAAUAUGACCACCGUUAAGCACAUUUAUGCAAACCAUGAGAUCGCCUUUUUCCAUGGUGUGAGCUCUUCUAAUUGUUCUCCCUUUAACUUUUUUAAUCAGCAGAACUAAACCUUGUGUUUUGUUUUUAUGUAACUAGAGCAGAAAAAAAAGAAAAGUCAAGUAAAAAAAUUUUUUUUGACUUUUUUAAAGGAAGAAGUGACUGUUGUCUGCAUGAGUAGCUUUGUGUAGGUGUUAAAGUUUUUCUUGUUUUGACUUGAUUUGUUUAAGUAUAUGUCACAUGAUACGUGUUCCAUACUUUUACUUAGUUGCUGCCAGUGAACUACUCGUUAUUUCGAUUGAGUUGUUAUGUUUGUUACAUUUUUAGGGUACUGCAGUUGUUACAGUAACGCUGUAUUGGCUGUACGGACCUGUGGGGAAAAGAAAAGGUGCUGAACUUAAAAGAUGUUUUGACACAUUUCCAAAUGACUGAUUAAUGUGGAGGGAAAAAAAGCAGAUGUGUACUUAUACAGACGUUUACAUAAAGAUGUGGGGAGUUAUUGUUCUUCUUUUCUGUACUGCAGUUAAUAUAAAAAAAGAUUAAAAAAGAGAAUUUAACAUGUCA